AAUUACAGUUUUACGCUCUUCUAAACAACAUGGAAAGUCAAACUUCCUUUAGAAAUUUAGAUAUUGAAAAUUUAGAGUUAGAAGAAGGUUUCUUUGAUGGAAUUGUAUUUAAUAAUACAUUAGAUGAAGCUCUCUUAGAUUCUCCAAGUUUAAAAGAUGUUAAGGGAUCAGUUAUGAAGAUAAAUUGGUUCGAAAAACUUCUAGACAAGUUUAAGAAGGAUCAGGUUUCAACUAUUAAUGUAUUAAAAUUACCUUCUUACGAUGUUCGUCAUAAAAUGAUUACUAUGCAAUCAUCGAUAAGAAUUGAUGAAAAACCUUUUAGAAAUUUUGUAAAGGGAAUCCUGAAGCAAAAGAUCAUUAUAGAAAAGCUCUAUUAUCCUAGUAUUUCCAAGAUUGCUCAAUUAGAACGUUUCUUAUCUGAAGUUGGUCCGGAUUUUACAAAAAGGGUUGACAUUUUUGUUGAAAAUUUACAAGAGAAUAUAAAAGACAAACUGAAUUGUUACGGCAAAAUAAACCUACAUGUUCCACCCGCCAUAACGAUAACGCCAAAGCAAGAAUAUAUUAAGAAUAUUCCUGAGAACAAGUUCAAAACAGAUAAACCUAAAACAUAUGUUGCUAAUGAAAUGUUUAAGGGAAAUUUUAUCGAAAAAAAAGGGGCAGGGGAAACUUUUUGUGACUCCGAGUCAUUGUUUUCUGGAAAACCUAAAUGGAGAGAAAGUGAAGAAUAUUAUGCAAAAUUAAAUGAUACAAGACGUAUUAUAGAUACGUGGUGUAAAGGAGAAAAACAUAAAGGAGGACUUUCUAAAGGAUAUAUUUGUGAAGGUGAAAAUAAUAUUAGAAUACUAUUUCUCGAUAGUGGAGUAUGCCUUAAUCAUAGAGCUUUCAAUCAUGAAAAGUCACAAAAUGUGCAAUGGAAUUAUCCUAUCACCAGAAAUAAAUUUAUGUCAGCUUGGAAUAAAUGCAAAAUAAUUGCAUUCAAAUCAUUCGAUGAUGUUGGAAAAGACGAACUUUGCGCUAGAGAUAAGCAUGGUCAUGGAACUCAUUGUGCAUCAAUUGCUGCUGGUCUACCAUUUGAAAUGUAUGUACCGAAAGAAACUGAAUUUUACGAUAGAGAAAAAAAUAAUCCAGUUAACUGGAGAGGUGGUGUUGCACCAUUUGCGCAGAUUUUAAGUGGUAAAAUUGUAAAUGAUAAGGGGAUUUCUAAACCAGUCUGGAUGGCAGAUGCUCUUAAACACUUCUUAGACGAAGACGAACUUAAGUUUAAUAACGAAUAUUUUCAUAUUAUCUGCACUUCGGUUGGGUAUAAUUUUUUUUCUGAAGAGUUACGUCAACAAAUAAGUAGAGCUACCAUGCAAGGGAAAAUCUUUAUCUGUGCAGCUAGUAACGAAGGAAAAUUAAACACAACUAAUAUAGCUUAUCCAGGAAGGUUUGGUGACGUUAUUUGUGUUGGAGCUUCAUGUCGUAAAGGACAGGCAACAAAUUUCUCUCCAAUUGGGAGAGAAAUAGAUUGCCUUGCUUUAGGGGAAAAUGUGUGGGGUGCUUCUGCUAACGAUUCGAAAAGUGGUAUAGCUAUGGAUGGUACAUCCCAAGCAGCUCCAUAUAUUGCUGGAAUAUGUGCACUUGUACUCUUGGCUGCUCAAAGACUUGGAGGAGUUUACCUAAGACGUAAGAUUCAACAUACUGCGGUAAUGAAAGAGAUCCUAAAGAAAAUGUCUAGCCAUGAUGGGACUCACAAGGAAGGAGAAGGCUAUGGGAACGUGAAUCCUUUAAACAUAUUAAAAUCCGAAAAGUCUCACUUCCUUAGAAUUAUUGCUGAAAUAUAUAACAAAUCAAUUGAUGAGUUGGAGUGCGAAAUCACAGACAGUACUGAUUAA